CUGCUUCAGUCACAGGGAGGGAGAGAAAGGGGAGGGCCCAGCAGCGCCUUCGUCGUACUCUCCUCCCCAAAAACAUUCCCUCUUCGCGCUCAGGAAAGGCGUGGAGGCCGGGGAUGGCGGCGGAUGGCUGCUAGGCCCGUUGCCAUGGAGACUGAGCAGUACUGCAGGGCCCAAGCGAGGCCUUCUUUGCCUUGGAAGGAGAGGAGCAGGGAAGGAAAGAAGGAAGGAAGGAAGGCCCAGCGGGGGCUCAGGAGGAAGGCUGGAGUUUUGGCACAAAGACUGAUGAGGGAUCCUUGGCCCUGAGAGGGAAAGAGGAGCCAUAACUAGGAGGUUUGCUUUGGUAGCUCCAUUGGACAUUGAUUGAAAGAUGGACAGACCAGACUCAGCUGGACCUGAAGCAGGAAAAGUCCUUGAGGGCUCAAGUACUGGAAGCAAUGGAAGAUUCUGGGAAAGAAUUAUGCUAAAUUUUCUGGGUGAUAACCUUGCCAACUCAGACAUACAGCCUCAACAUUUUAGGCAGUUCUGUGAGGAGAUGGAGUGGCCCCGAGAGGUUUGCAGCCGACUCCACCACCUCUGCCGCCAGUGGCUGAAGCCAGAAAAACACACCAAAAACCAGAUGCUGGACCUGGUAGUGCUGGAGCAGUUCCUGACCCUCCUGCCACCAAAGAUGUCAAGCUGGGUCAGGGAAUGUGGAGCGGAGACUUGUUCCCAGGCAGUGGCCCUGGCAGAAGGGUUCCUCCUGAGUAAGAAAGCAGAGGAGCAGGAGGAAGAGCAGCAGGUGAAGAAGCUCUCUGUGAACAUUCAACCUGCUUUUCCUUCUGUAGGGGAGACUCCAUCAGAUGCCACGCAGAGCCCUCAGCAAAGGAACAUCACUUUGCAAGGGACUGAAGCAACACAGGGAACAAUGGCUCUUGGUUGCAAUGGAGGGGGAGUAUUGCAGGUUCCAGUGACCUUUGAAGAGAUGGCUGUGUCUUUCCUCCCAGAGGAGUGGGCCUUACUAAAUGAGGAUCAGAGAGCCCUGUACAAGGAGGUCAUGGAGGAAACCCGUAGGAUCAUGUCCGCUCUUGAUGACUGGACGGAGAAGAAUGCCUUUGGCAACCAUGGAAAUUCUCUUUCUCAGAACGUAGAGUUUCCCAAACAUGAACCGGUCCAUACAGAAGAAAAAUGUCCUGAAGAGAUGUCCUGCAUAUGCACCAGCUGUGGAAGAUGUUUUCCCCCGAACAUGACACAUGUGUGUCCUGAGAGAAUGCAGCAAGAAGAGAAUCACUUUGGAUGUGAACUUUCGGCGAAAGGUGUUGAUUGCAAAUUGCAGCAUGAGAGCCACCAUAUAGCAGAGAAAGCACACAAAUGCCAGGAGUGUGGGAAACGUUUUACUUUCAAAUCACGUCUUGUGAUCCACCAGAUAAUUCACACAGGAGAGAAACCAUAUGGAUGCCAGGAGUGUGGAAAAUGUUUUGAUUCCAAGUCACAUCUCCGGCAACACCAAGUAAUCCACACAGGAGUGAAACCAUACAGCUGCCAAGAAUGUGGGAAAUGUUUUAAUACUACAUCGGGACUUCUGAGACACCAUAGAACCCACACAGGAGAGAAACCCUACAGAUGCCAAAAGUGUGGGAAAUGUUUUGUUUCCAAUUCAGUGCUCGUGAUCCACCAGAGAAUCCACACAGGGGAAAAACCAUACAAAUGCCAGGAAUGUGGGAAAUAUUUUGCCCAACAUUCAGUGCUUGUUGUCCACCAAGGAAUCCACACAGGAGAGAAACUGUACACCUGCCAAGAAUGUGGGAAGAGUUUUAAUUCCAAGUCAGGACUUCUCAAACACCAGAGAAUCCACACAGGAGAGAAGCCAUACAAAUGCCAAGAGUGUGAGAAAUGUUUUGUUUCCAAAUCAUCUUUUGUGAUCCACAAAAGAAUCCACACAGGAGAAAAACCAUUCAAAUGCCCAGAGUGUGGGAAAUGUUAUGCCCGAAAUUCAGUGCUUGUUAUCCACCAGAGAACCCACACAGGAGAGAAACCAUACGAGUGCCAGGAGUGUGGGAAAUGUUUUAAUUCCAAGCCAGAACUUUGGAAUCACCAGAGAAUCCACACAGGAGAGAAACCGUAUAAGUGCCAGGAGUGUGGGAAAUGCUAUGCCCGAAAACCAGAUCUUGUCAUCCACCAAAGAACCCACACAGGAGAGAAACCAUACACAUGCCAGGAAUGUGGAAAACGUUUUUCAUCUAAGUCAUGUCUUGUCAUCCAUCAGAAAACCCACAAAGGGGAAGAAGAAUACAAAUGUGAGGAUUGUGAAAAAUGCUAUGCUUCCAAGUCAGGACUUGUGAAACACAAGAGAAUCAUGCAUAAAGGAAAGAAAGCAUAGAAAAACCAAGAGUUUUGCCCAAAGUUGAAACCUUGUCACCCACCAGAGUCCACGCAAGCAAGGAAUGCUACAAUUGCUAGGAUUGUGGGAAAUGUUUUUCUCAGAAUUCAGCUCUCAGGCAGCAUAAGACAGUUCACACUGAGGACAUUAUUUCUUGCCUUGACAGCAGAGUGGUUACUAUAUCAGAAUCCACACGGAAAUCCCUGAAUCUUACAUUGAUUUAGACCCCAAGUGCCAGUGCGUCAUGUCUUUCUCAAUCCAUAAAUCCAUUCCUAAAGGGAUGCUAUUUAAAGCAUCAACUUCCACUCUCAACAGUAGGAAGUACUUCCUCACAUUUCAUUCAGAAUUGGCUUUUCUUUGAGUUGAAUCCACUGGUUCAGAUCCCAGAGAGGCAGCCAGCACGCUUGCUCCUGAAGGCACUGCAUCUGGCUACAGAGAUUUGAGCUCACCGAAACUAUCAUGGUUUUUUUAAAUGUUAUGAUUAUUGUUUUUAGUGAGAAGAUGAGUAAAGUUAAAUUGUUGUACUGCUGAUAUAAGGGACAUAUUGGGACAUCACCGUCUUUCCGAAUUGUAUAAUUUGUAAAUUAUUGCAAAUUGUAUAAUUUGCAUACAACCCCUCUGUUACGCCGGCUCCAAUGGCUGCCAGUCUCCUUCAGAGCACAAUUCAAAGAGCUGGCUUUAGCCUAUAAAUCCCUUCUUUGGAGGCUUUUAAACAGAGGCUGGAUGGCCAUCUAUCAGGGGUGCUGUGAAUGCAAUUUUCCUGCUUCUUGGAAGGGGGUUGGAUUGAAUGGCCCAUGAGGUCUCUUCCAACUCUAUGAUUCUAAACUGUUUUGGCCCAGC